AUGCCGUACAUCACCAUGUGUCAAGGCCCAAAAUGCACUGCAAACGGUGCAGGGCUGAUUAUCAGGGAUAUGGAAGACCUGGCUUUCGGCUGUGCGACGGUCGAAGCUUCAGGUUGCAUGGGUCAAUGCUCCAAGGGACCUAACGGAAUGUACUCCGAGAAGUCAGGAGCAAAAGGUAAGAUCACCAACAAGCUGAACAAGUACAGCAAGCUGACUGACAUGAUCGGCGAGUUCAUCCAAGGCUUUGCUUUGGAUGACAUGCAAGCCCGGGUUCAUCGAGUGAAGUUUGCGAUACGGCGAGAGGAGAACGCCGAAGUCCGGACCAGUGCGAUAGAAGAGACUUUGGGCUCCAUCGAUGACUCACAGCGUGCUCUACAUCCGGAGCUUGUAGCCCAGCUGCUGUGCCUCCGGGCACGGGAGAAUCUGAAGGCGGAUGCCGUCGGGGCAUACAAAGACCUUCGGGAAGCCCUGACUUUGCAUCCGGACUGGCCCUGGGCCUUCGUGACCUUGGCGCAGGUCUUGGACAACCUGCACAUGCCCCGAGGGGCCCUCGCUUGCAUGCAGAAAGCCAUCGAGAUUGGCACCGGCGUAGACAAGAAUUCCCUGCAAAGGGGCAUCGUUCGCUUAGAACGCAAAGCAGCCGAUGCCAAGGGACCGGACCCGGUCCCAGCAGGAAUCGAGAUGGACAUAGCAGCGAUCAAGGACAAGUCCUUGGGCGGGGGCGGUGCCUCCGACAAGAAGGACAAGAAGGAGAAGUCCGAUAAGGAAGCCAAGAGCAAGCCCGCCGGAAAAGCUGCUAGCAAGGCGAAGACCGGCAAGGGGAAGGCGAAGGUUGUCAAGGAGACCAACAAGGUCGCAGAGGAGACUGCAGCGGAGGCACCCAAGGAGGAAGCCAAGCCGGAGCCUCCUCUGGAGGAGGUCAAGGAGGAGCCCAAAGAGGUGAAGGAACCCAAGGAGGAAAAGAAGGAGGUGGCGGUGAAGGAGCCGAAGGAGGCCAAGGAACCAAAAGAGGAAAAGAAAGACAAAGACAAGGAGAAGAAGCACAAGAAAUCUUCUGGCCACAAGAAAAAGAAAGUGAAGAAGGACAAGGGAGAAGAGUACCAGGACUGGCAGCUCCGUGAGAGGGAGGAGCUCAAUCAUGAUUGCUUGAGGAUGCGCUUUGCUUGCAAGGGCAAGGCCCCCUCGAAGUUCGAGUCCACGAUUUGGCACAUCGACCUAGCGGCCAAUGUCGGUGACGAUGGCGAGGAGAUUCAGCGAUCCUACACCCCGCUCAGUUCAGCGGAGGAUUACAAGAAGGGGAUCCUGGAGCUCAUCAUCAAGGUCUACCCGAAAGGGAGGAUGUCCUCGCACCUUGGGAGAAUGAAGAACGGCGACUCAAUCCUGGUGUCGCGUCCGGUCCCCACCGUGGAUCCCGAGGACUACAAGGAGGGCGGCAUCAUGGUUGCUGGUGGAAGUGCCGUGGUGGUCGCCUUGCAGGUCGUUAAUGCGAUCCUUCCCAGCUGCACGGAUUCCUUCCAUCUCUAUCUGUGCAAUAGGACCUAUGCAGAUGUCCUUCUCAUGGAUUACUUCGAGGCGCUGCUGGAGGCUUAUCCGAACUUCAAAAUGACGAACUGCUUGUCCCAGGGCAAAGCUGGCGAUUCGGCGCGCGGCCAAGGCCUUGUCGGAUGGUUUGAAGGCAGAGUGAGUGGUGACUUGCUCAAGCAGGCCCCUGAGAGCCUCAAGGUCCUGAUGAGUGGUCCGGACACUUUGUGCAAGAUGGUAGCCGAGACCUUCAUAGAGCUCGGCCGGCAGGAAGACGACAUAUGUUGUCUGGAUACAGAUAUAGAGGACCUGCUGAAUCCGGAGGCCAAGCACGAGGGCUUCACUCUUCAGACCGCGCGGUCUGCAAGAACGUUGGACCCACCUCCGCCCGAGCCGCUCGAGCCCGUCGAGGAAGUUCCCCGGGCCAGGAUCAAGGCGGCAAAGUCGCAAGUGAUUUCGAUCGACUUGCUCUCGUCCACAGCGCCGCCUCGACCGCCUCCUCAACCAGGAUUUUUCUCCUACUUCUUUACCUUGCAGAGUUGUGGCUGCAAGCCGGAGGUUGGCGGCGAUGAGACAGCGGCUGACCAAGUGAAGCAGACAACCUGA